UAGUAGCAAUAUUUUUCACAAUCUCGAGAGAGAUAGUUCACUAAUAGACUAAGGGAUCAGGGCACAAGGGUCCUGGUACUAUCCAUGUGCUCUCCCGUACCCUUAUUUCGUUCGAAACCCUCCUAUAACGACAUAACAAAAACGACGUCAGUAAAGUGGUCGUUGAUCUAUCAUAUUGUCUUGUCGAUGUAUUAAUACCCAUCUAUUGUAUUCCCUCGAGUAUUUUUUAUAUUUUUUUAAAAAGUAUUUAUAUUAAUGUUGAUUUUAUUGGUAAAAGAUUUUGGGGCUCAAACUUGGGCCCCAACUGGGCCCACUUUAAUUUUGGGCCGAUUUUCUGGGCUCUGAAAUUUCUAACUCCACGUAAUAUGUUUUUAAGUAAUAUAAUGGUCCCGAGUUCGAUUCUACAAAUGCCCUUUUUCUCUAUUUAAAAUUUAAUUAAACAAAAACUCUCCAGGAUAUUUGUUAUACCAACAAUACCCCUUACACAAACACUCUCCUGGAGAAGGCAUCAAGGGUAAUUUCGUCCAAAGUAGAAUUCAAAUUUAUCCUUUCAUUUCUGGAGAUCGCAGUACUGCACCUCUAUCCUAUCUUCUUCUCCAAAUUAUUUGAUCUCUCUCUCUCUCUCUCUCUCUCUCUCUCUCUACAGAGAUGUCUUCCGCUCUCUCCACCGCUUCACUCCGGUUACCUUCUUGUUCUUCAUCCUCUUAUCCAUCAAAUUUCUCCCAUUCCCUCAGAUCCACUUCAAUCCAAUUUCCCUUCUCUUUCUCCUCCACCAAUCUCUCUCUUCGUUUUGUUCAUUGCCGCCCACUCUCUGCCGCCGCUGUGCCGGAGAAAGUUACAGAAAUCGGAGAUGUCAUCUCGAAGUUGACUCUCGAAGAGGCUCGUACUCUAGUUGAUUACCUCCAAGAGAAACUCGGUGUUUCCGCCGCCGCUUUCGCGCCUGCCGCCGUCGCCGUUGCUCCUGGCGCGGCUUCCGGAGGUGACGAUGCGGCUGCCGUUGAGGAGAAGACGGAGUUCGAUGUUGUUAUUGAGGAAGUGCCGAGUAAUGCGAGGAUUUCGGUGAUUAAGGCUGUUAGGGCUUUGACGAGCUUGGCGUUGAAGGAAGCGAAGGAGCUGAUUGAAGGUUUGCCGAAGAAGUUUAAAGAAGGAAUAUCGAAGGAAGAGGCGGAGGAUGCGAAGAAGCAACUUGAAGAGGCUGGCGCAAAGAUUGCUAUCGUUUGAUUUGGCUGGUUAGUUUCUUCAAUUUUUAAGGUUUACAAUGUAGGCAUUCUAGUCGAAUUAGAAAUGGGGUUAUUUUUUGUUGUCAACUGUUGAAAAAUUUAGUUGAUAUUCUGUUCAUGAAUGCCUUAUUGCUCCUGAAUUUUUGUGUGCUCAACUCACCAUUGCUCUA